AGCGGUGCUCAAGCAGCUCAAGCGCCAUGCACUCAAGCACCGGGCUUUCUGAUGUGGUCCCAAAGCAUGGCAACAUCGAAGACUUGAGCCCAGAGAGGACGGGGCCUGAAUCCGAGAAAUCAAAUGGAGCUGCAGGCCCGAGCGAUUCCACGUGGCUACAGCGAGUACAAAAGCCUUUGCUUUGGCUGCUUGUGAUAGGAUACUUGGUGGCAGCCUUGUGCCACGAUGCUCAACACGCUCUGCCCGCUGUUUGCCUGGCCGCCAUCGUCGGAUGCUGUCAGCUUUGGAGCGCCUUCUGCCAGCGCACGGGCCAGGAUUUGGACCAGCUGCUGGCAUGGGCUGUGGUACCGCCACGCUGCCACCAGCCCCUGCUGUGGGGCUCGGUGUUGGCUCUGCUGGUGGUGGUGCUGGUGCUGGCGUGGGAUGACUGGACCCGGCUGAUUCCUGCUGGCGGACUUGUGCUGCUGGUGUUCUUGACCUGGCUCUGCUCCGCCCAUCGGUGCCACGUCUCCUGGCGGCCAGUCAUUACGGGCAUCAUCAUCCAGUUCGUCUUUGGCCUCCUGAUCAUGCGAACCAGCUUUGGCUUCACUGCCUUCCAGAGGGCAGGGGAACUGGCCACAGACUUUUUGAGCUUCGCCAACAAGGGCUCAGAGUUUGUCUUCGGAGAGCGCUACGCGGAGUUCUUCUUCGCCUUUAAGGUGCUGCCGGUGGUGGUGUUCUUUAGCUCCAUGGUGGCGGUGGCCUACCACCUGCAGCUGGUGCAGGCGGUGUUUCUUCGGCUGGGGUGGUUCACGCAGCGGUGCAUGGGCACGUCCUACUCGGAGUCCCUGGUGGCGGCGGCCAACAUCUUCCUGGGCCAAACGGAGGCGCCGCUGCUGGUGAAGCCCUUCGUGGCCAAGCUCACCCAGUCCGAGCUCCACGCGGUGAUGACCUCGGGCUUCGCCUCGAUCGCGGGCAGCGUCUUCGCGGCCUACGUGGCGUUUGGGAUCCCCGCGGACCAUCUGCUGGCGGCCUCCGUGAUGUCGUGCCCCGCGGCGCUGGCCAUGGCGAAGCUCAGCUUCCCGGAGACCGAGCUCUCCAGGACCAACGACCUGCAGGAGCUCACCUCAGAUGGCUCCAGGAAUGUGCUGGAUGCGCUCAGCAAUGGAGCCGCCACAGGUGCCGUCAUGGCAGCCACCAUUGCUGCGAUGCUUAUCUCCUUCGUUUCGGUCAUGGCCUUUGCAAACAGCGCUCUUGAAUGGGCUGGAAGCUUGGUUGGCAUCGGGGGCCUCACCUUCGACCUGGUCUUGUCCUACCUGCUGUGGCCUCUCGCCUUUAUGAUGGGCGUCCCGCCGGAGGAGUGCGGCAAGGUGGGCCUGCUCAUCGGUGAGAAAACCGUGCUCAACGAGUUCGUGGCCUAUCGGCACUUGGCCGACAUGGCCAAUGCCGGGCAGAUCAGCCGAAGAGCGGAGAUCAUUGCCACCUACGCCCUCUGUGGCUUUUCCAAUUUCGGAGCCAUCGGGAUCCAGCUGGGCGGCCUCUCAGUGCUGGCCCCAAACCGGAAGCACGACCUCGCCCAGCUAGCGCUGCGGGCCAUGGUGACCGGCUCGGUGGCUUGCUUCAUGACGGGCUGUGUGGCCAGCAUCCUGGUCGAGUGAUUGCUUCGCGCGACUUGCGCGCCGGCGCGCCGGCCGCGCCCUUCCCAUUUUCCCGAAGUUUUGGCCCAUGAGCAAAGUGGGUUGCCUGCGCCUGCAAGCCUGGCAGCCGGGCAGCGGCUCAGCGCCGCACAGGAAAUUCGCGGCCCAAGAGGGGUCGCAAGGCAUGCCUCAAGCGCGGAUUGUACAGCUUCCCCUGAACUCCCACCCGUGGUCAGGGUCGCUUACAGCUGGACCCAAGAUCCAGUGG